CCAAAUGGGUUCCAACACAACUGAAUAUCCUGCUCUGAUCCCAAGUCCUGAAAACCCUACAGAAGCCUGGAGCAACUUCAAUAACUCAACUUCCAAAUGGUUGUAAACACUUCAGAGGGUGUCCAAACCCCAAACCCAGCAAGCUAUCCUGACAGCAACCUUUUGGAUUCGAGUGACUGCCCUUCAGAUCGGGAAUGGGGAUGGCUCUAUACUAUGCAACCUGCUUUUAUGGCAGUCAUUUGUGUGCUGGGUGUUGUAGGGAACGCAUUUGUCCUGUGUGUCUUCUGCCUGCGCAAGAAACGCUGCACUGUAGCAGAGAUCUAUCUGGGCAACCUCGCAGCGGCAGACUUGGUGAUGGUGUCCUGUUUACCCUUCUGGGCUGUGACCGUCGCCAACAAGUUCAACUGGGAGUUUGGAGAACUCCUCUGCCGCCUUGUAAACAUAGCAAUCAGUUUAAAUCUGUACUGCAGUCUCAUGUUUCUGGUUUUGGUUAGCAUUGACCGCUAUCUGGCCCUAGUGAAAACAAUGUCCACAGGGAGAAAGAGGCAUGUAACCUGGGCCAAAGUGAUCUGUCUCUGUAUCUGGGUAUUUGGUUUUCUUAUGAGCUUGCCGGUCCUGCUGUUUCGGACUGUAAAAUACUUCCCAGAGUUCAACAUGACAGCAUGCUACCUUGCAUAUCCUCAUGACGCCUGGCAAGUCAGACACAACCUGGUUACUAAUAUCAUUGGAUUCCUAAUUCCCUUUGCGGUUAUCGCCUUUUGCAGUUAUCAUAUCAUCAAAACACUGAACAACAAUGUAAUGAAAAAAUUCAGCGCAGUUAGACAUGAAAAGAAGGCAACCCACAUGAUCCUCGCUGUGCUUCUGGUGUUCUUCUUCUGCUGGAUACCAUUCCAAAUUGUAAUGUUUCUUGACACCCUUUAUUUUUUCAAAAUUAUUUCAGGAUGCCUUUGGGAGGAAAUACUUGAUGUUGGCAUCCAGAUAUCUACAUAUAUAGCAUACAGUAAUAGCUGUCUAAACCCUAUCUUAUAUGUUUUUGUGGGGAAGCAUUUCAGAAAGAAUGCAAAAGGCAUGUUUAAGCAAAUAUUAAGAAAGUGGACAAAGGCUAAAAGUUCACAACUUAGUCAUUUAUCUUCUGCUUUGAAAACCCAGGAGUCUAAGGUAUAGCAACAGGAGAUCGUGUAUGUUACAGGCUGUUAAAACAUAACUUGCUGAACACAUGAGUGUGCACAGUCCACCUGAGUUAGGGACAUGUUCUUUCAACCAUAAUUAUUUAAUGGAUAAAAUCUGCUGCUGUGAGAAAUUGGGACAAGAGAGACAUCACAGAGUCAAGAAAUAGAGUUGGUGAUCCCCACCUACUUGUAUGUCAGUAAGUUUGAAUGGACUGGUCCACAUUUCUGUGCAUCUCUUGGUUCGAGUUAUGCCUAAUGAACUGUAGCAAUACUGGUAAAUGUUAUGAGGUUGUUUAUUUUAAUUAGAAUACAUACUUGUGUACGGUGGCAUGACUUAUUCUUAUCAGUACAUCGUGGGGAAUAGUUAAUUGAUCCCAGCUAAUUACAGUACAUUUCUGUCUGCAACAAUGUGCAAAAUGCAGGCAAGAGCCCUAUUGAAUGAUUGAAUGAAUACUGGUAAUUAGAUCUGACACUGUUAGAUCAAUUGACUAGACAACCUUUUCGUUACACACUAUUCUUUGAUUAUGUACGGCUGCACUACUUAAAUCAGUUUUCUUUUUAGAUGUUGCAUUUAUUUAUUUAUUUUAAAUUCAUUUAUUUAUGUAUUUAUUUAUUGUGAUUUGUUCUUUGGAAAUAUUGUGUUUUGUCUCAUUUACAUAUGAAUUAGUUGAACAUUUUCUGAGCAUAUAGCAAUACAUUGAUAUUGCUGGGAAAUACAACAACCAUCUAAUCUCUGCGUGCUUCUUUUGUUUAAUGUGUUUCCUGCAUGUACACCCACAGAGACUUUUCAGCAUUUGAGUGUUUUUGCAGCCACAACCAUUCGAAUUCAAAAUGAUUAUUUAUAAUACUGGCCAACAGAUUUGGCCAAUUUUGUCUAUUAAAUAAAAGCAACUAAUUAAUGAUGGCAAUGUGUUAAAUAAUUUCACAUUACAGUUUUAUCAAAUAUAUAAAUAUAUUUUUUAUAAACAUCUAUUUCAAUAAAAUGUACGUGUUUUAUAGAUUUAUAGAUUUAUUUGUACAUGUUUUUUUUGUUUUUACUUUGACAGUAAAAUGCAAUAUUCUUUACACCACCUUCACUACAGUUGUAAUCAACAUUUUGUUUAAUUGUUUAAGACUUUCAAAUAUAUGUAUUAAUGUACUUAACUUACUGUACUGUACUGCCCAGAUUCCAAGGUGGACCAGAUCAUGAUUUGAAUUUAUAAAAUAAUCUCUAUAAAGACUAAAAUACUCUUUACACUACACAGGUCAGGAGUUUUGUUUUCUAAGCCUAAUACAAGGAGUCUACAAGGUUUCUAAGAUGCCAGUAAGGUAAUAAAAAUGUAAGUAACAAAUAAGUACAGUAUGUGAAUUUGAAUGGAAUUAAAAAUGUUAAACUAUAAAACCAACCAAAAAUGUAAACUGUAAAAAAAUGCUGCAAAAAACAGGCAACCAUUUCAGGUAUCAUUUUAAAUGUUACUCACUUACAUAUAUGGGUUAUAGAGAUGUUGUACAACUAUGACAUACAUCAUGUUUUUAUGUCAAACAGUAAAAGAGUUUCAAAUUUCCAUUUUUAUAUAUUUAAUAUGGGCAGACAUUUUGUGAUUAAUUUCCCAAUCAGAUGUACUUUCUCAGUGAAUUACCAGGCGUUGCCUUAACAUAUUGAUCCUUGAUAUAAAACCUACACACAAUAUGGGUUUCAGAGACAGACUGAUAGAACCAGCAGUGUGGAGUAGUGGUUAGGGCUCUGGACUCUUGACCGGAGGGUCGUGGGUUUAAUCCCAGGUGGGGGGGCACUGCUGCUGUACCCUUGAGCAAGGUACUUUACCUAAAUUGCUCCAGUAAAAACUCAACUGUAUAAAUGGGUAACUGUAUGUAAAAAUAAUGUGAUAUCUUGUAACAAUUGUAAGUCGCCCUGGAUAACGGCGUCUGCUAAGAAAUAAUAAAAUAAUUACCAUAUGGUUCAAUAUAGAAUGUACAGGACCUCUCUAAUAUACAUUUGUACCUGUGUAUUUUUUUUUCUAGACCAAUGAAUGUAUUUUUAUAUUUGUAUGGAGUAAAAAUGUUAUUGGCUUCUAGAAUUAACUGCCUAUGUUUGUAAGCGAUCUAUGAAAUUAUAUCCUAAAUCUAAUGUUCUGAAACAGUGAAAUACUGUUAAAAAUACUGAAUGAUUUUGUAAUGUGGUUUAAGUGUUUUAAUGUAGUGUACACAGUGUGUUAUGUGUCCUUUCUUGUUGAAAAACAAUACAUAUUUUGUUUCCUAAUUCAGAUCUUUGUCAAACGCACAUUUUUAAACAAUAUCUAGAUACAUUAACUAUGCAGUAACUAUUCCGACAAAUAAACUUACAAUAGGAAAUCAAAUAGUCCAUACACUAGAACAGCGGUUUUCAAACUGGGGUACGCAUACCCCUGAGGGUAUUCGAGCGCUCCUCAGGGGGUAUGCGAGAAAAAUCCUGUAAUGGUAAACAACGGGUUUAUUAUUAUUAUUAUUAUUAUUAUUAUUAUUAUUAUUAUUAUUAUUAUUAUUAUUAUUAUUAUUACCACAUUGUAGUACUUUGCAACUUAGCAAUCGAAUUAACAAUGUUGAAUCUGCUUUCAAAUAAAACCACAGCCGUCCUGGUGUACGUUUCCUUUCUGUUGGGCGAGGUUAACUAUAAACACCCAGCCAGCUGCUGACAGCGCGUGAGCGUUGAGCGCACAAGGGCUAAAUUACGUAUUUAAACAGCAGGGCGGUGGUUCUGCAGUGUGUAGGCUUUCUGAUUUUUUUUUUAAAUUAGAACCCUAGGUUUUGUUUUUCAAAAGCAGUCUGUUUUUGGACUCGUUUUGCCAUACUUAUUGGUCUAGAUUUUGAAAUAAUUUACUAAU